AUGCACCAAGAUAUUGGCACCGUUGUUGUCGCCGUUCGCGACGGUGAGGCUGGGGCGUGGGAGCUAAAGUGCAUCUCUUUGAUAAACGAAGUCUCAGGAGUAAAGAUUUUUUCCGUCAAUCAGGAACCGUCUACCGAUAAGACUCCUAAUCUGUUGAGGUUUCUCCAGACAUGUGGUGAGGACUUACGACAACACGGCGUAACAAAAGUGUGCGACGCUCUCGAGGAGGUCGUGCAAAGGUGCACUACUCAUCCUGAUUUUGGCGGAUACGGCAUGAGCAUUGAUGGCCAACUGCAGCCACAGCAACAGGAUGAUGUUGUGUUUCUCUGUUCAGCCUUUCUUGAAGCGCUGAAGUCAGCUGCCCGAGCGCGACUCAGACCUCUGCCCCUGAAAAGCCGGCCUGCGGGACGACGUGGCAUGACCAUGUCCGAGAAGAUUUUUGCAAUGCACGACGUCUCAAGAAAAGGAUACGUUCAACCAGGAGAUAUAAUUCAGGUUGACGUUGACUGGGUAUUGGCUUCAGAGUUGUCUUGGGCCGGUAUGGAGCGAGUCUACGACUCUGUAGGUAGGCCGGGGAUAUUCAGAAACGACCGCUUCUGGCUUGCUGGAGACCACCGCGUCGAGCCGCCGCUAUAUGAGGAUCCCAAAGUCAAAGCACUUAUGGAGACAAGUAGCAGGGCACAGAAGGAUUUCAAGAUGACGGAUUUCCAGGGUUUCAAUAAACAGUAUACCAUCAUGCACACCGAGUUUGUCAGAGAACGAGCGCAGCCUGGAAUGUUGGUCAUUGGCGCCGACUCCCACUCUUGUUCUGCUGGAGCUGUCAGCUGUCUCUCGAUCGGAAUGGGAGCGACGGAUGUUUGCAUGCCGCUGAUUACAGGCCAGACAUGGUUCAGCGUGCCACGGACUGUCAAGAUACGGCUCAUCAACAAGCCACCGAAAGGCAUAGGCGGCAAGGAUACUAUUCUGUACAUCUUGAAGCAAUUCAAACGCAACACCAUUGCUGCCGACCGCGUGAUGGAAUUCGCCGGCCCAGGUCUCAAGUAUCUUUCGUGCGACGCCAGAUUUGCGAUCGCCAAUAUGUGCACGGAAUUCGGCGCAGUCACCGGUAUAUUCGAGGCUGAUGAGCGGACCGUGAAUUUCAUCAACAAGAGGCGGAUAGCGAAGCACAAGAAAGAAGCGGUUUACUUUAAGGCUGACGAGGAUGCUGUCUAUGCCGAUACAUUCGAGGUCGAUCUGUCGAAAGUCGAGUCCUUCGUGGCUGUUCAUCCUUCUCCUGAUAACGUUGUCCCUGUCAGCGAGACAUCUGACGUAAACCUGGAUGGCUGCUUCAUCGGAGCUUGUACCACCGCGGAGGAAGACUUAAUCACCGGCGCAUUGGUGUUAUCGGCGGGACUCGCACAAGGCCUUCGACCCGUGAGCCACGGCCGGCGUUUGGUAGUCCCUGGGUCGAAACCCAUCAGGCAUAAGUUGGAACAGCUUGGCUUGAUUGACAUAUACCAACGUGCUGGAUUCAAGGUCGGUGUUCCGGGUUGCAGCUCGCUGGCUUACCUUAGCUCGGCGGCCACGGUUGCGGCGUCGUCCUUCUCGAUGAGAAUCUGCGAUCCUAGGCCAUUGUUGGAGGCAAUGGAUAUGCGAUAUCUCGAGAACUGUGUCAGAUAUUCGCCGUUCGAUGUCAGUGACCCGCAGCCUCAUGCAGCACUGAGGUAUGACGAACCCUACGGAGAAGCACUAACGGAGGAUGUUGGGAAUUCUUCAACUUCAAGAACAAACGGUGACGCAAGCCACGAGAACCACGCAUCAGGAGACUCGGAAGGCAAGAGUCUCAUUUCUGGCAAAGUCCUUCGUCUGGGGGACUUUAUUGACACCGAUGCGAUCAUUCCCUCAAAAUUUCUCGCUGGGUGUACAACAAACGAACAGCUUGGUGAGCAUUGUAUGGAGUUUUUCAUGCCUGAAUUCCGCAAAAUGGUCAAGGAUGGAUUGAAUAUCGUUGUAGCUGGAGACAGUUUUGGCUGUGGCUCGUCUCGAGAUGUAGCGGUCAACACAUUGCUCGGCGCAGGAGUGCAAUGUGUAAUUGCGAAGUCAUUCGCAUUCAUUUAUGCCCGCAACCAACCAAAUAUCGGCCUGCUGGGCAUCACCAUCACCGACGAAGACUUUUUCAUGGAAGCGCAGCAAGGAAGAGAUAUCAGUAUCGACCUGAAAUGCAGUCAAGUAAGAUGUGGCUCAAGGACCUUUGGCUUCCAACUCAGCGAUAUGGAGAAACAGCUCAUAGCUGUUGGUGGUCUCACAGAAGCGUUCAAACGGUUUGGCAGCCAGGUGUUCGACAUCAUGUGCCAACACAGGCGCCCAGGCCGCAUGCCAGCUAUUGGUGACAUCGAAAGCCUGAAGUUAUGA